AUGACUCAGCAACACAAGGCAUCCCUUUUGCCUCAGAAGCAAGGAAAACUCGAAGUCAGCACUCGUCUCACUCCUACUCCGCGAGGUACACAGGCACUCGUGAAGGUUACCGCCGCAGCUGUUAAUCCUGCAGACUGGAAGAUAAUCGAAACCGGUUUAUUUCUCGAGACUUAUCCGGCUGUAUUAGGGUAUGACGGUGCUGGCAUCAUUCACGCUGUUGGCCCAGAGGUGACCAACUUCAAAGUCGGGGACAGAGUAAUUUUCCAAGGAACACUGGACUACGACUAUACGGCUUACCAGGAAUAUGCUCUCGUUGAUACUGAGCUUAUUGCCAAAGCUCCAAGUAACGUGAAUGAUGAUCAGCAUCAACAUUCCCCACAGGCGCUUUCACUGCAUACGCUGGUCUAUUUCAGAAAACAGGAAUCGCCACCCCGUGAACGGCCCAACUGCCAAAGGCAAGUCGUGCUCAUCUUAGGAGGAAGCUCGUCAGUCGGGCAGUUUGCUAUCCAAUUCGCUCGUAUUGCCGGAUUCUCUACGAUUGCUACCACUGCAUCUUCCCAGCAUACCGAAUUCCUCAAGUCGCUUGGCGCUACCCAUGUUUUCGACCGUGACACCGAUGCCACGACUAUCCGGUCUGCUUUUCCCUCCCCUCUUGGACUCGCGUUUGAUGCAAUUUCUGCCAAUGCUACCCAAUUGCUGGCGUUCGAUCUCUUGGCCAAUCCCUCUCCCGUAUCAGGCGCCCACCUUACAAUCAUUGCUGUGCAUAACGUAUUCGGAUUUUCUGAUAAGUUCAGGGAUCUGAGUGUGCCAUUUUGGCAAAAACUUGGCGAGUGGAUUGAAGGAGGAGAGCUUGUUCCUAACCGUGUUCAGCUCGUGAACGGCGGCCUGGCUGGAGUACCAGAUGCUUUAGAGCUGUCUCGGAAGGGCGUGAGCGGUGUAAAACUGGUUAUUCGUCCUCAAGAGUAA